UCAUUUGAUGUUUGUAGAGAUAAAUAUGUAAGUCUCCCUUUCUACUAAGGAAAUGGUCGGCUAAAUAGAGAGCAUCAUAACUUCAACCUCUUAAGAACCACCACUAAAGUCCUCUUAUACAAUUUCUACCUCAGCAAAAAAAACAUGAGCAGAGGGAAAUCCUUCUCCUGUUAUGCGGAAUCAAUAUCACUUUUAAGCUUCCUCCAAAUUGUGACGGUGGUUGCUGUGCUACUAUUUCAUCAUUGUCAAACUUGUGAUGCCAUUACUAAUUCAAAUAACCAAAUAUGUCCACCUUCUUCAUGUGGAAAAAUCAGCAACAUCAAACAUCCGUUUCGACUUAUGAAUGACCCAACAAGCUGUGGUGAUCCGAAGUAUGAGUUAUCCUGCGAAAACAACAUCACAGUGUUAACUCUGUUUUCGGGUAAGUACUAUGUGAAGGCAAUCAACUACAACAACUACACAAUUUUGUUAGUUGAUCCCGGAAUUGAAGAGGGUAGUUGCUCCUCCCUUCCUCGCUAUUUUUUAUCCUCAUCCAAUCUCACAUACGACUUGGGUUAUGGUUACAAUCAGGCCAAUGAAGUGGAUCCAUAUCAAAUCUUUUUUGAUUACUUGCACAUAAUAUACUUGAAAUGUAGCAAAGCAGUGAAUGAUGAUCCUGAGUAUGUGGAUACAGCUCCCUGUAUCAACUCCGACUCCAAAAGCUAUCUUUAUGCUUUUGCGUCAGACUUCUCCUCGAGUGACCACUACUUCUCCGUCGGGAGAUUAAAAGACUAUUGCCAAGUGAAGCUUGUUGCUAUGUCAUCUUCAGAUUUUCCUAGUGACAGUGCCAAGGUCAGAGAAGGUGUACCAGAUCGACAUCAACAUCGACCACUUUCAUACGAGGAAAUUCAUGGAAUGCUACUCUAUGGUUUUCAGCUAUCGUGGUUGAGCAGAGCUUGUAGAGAAUCUUGUGUUGGUUACAGGGGAUGCGGCUUGAAUGACACCGGUGAUCUUGAAUGUUCUCAAUCAAUUGAAUCUUGCACUUUACCAUUGGGAACGUUAGUCAGCAAAACAUGCGACCAAGUGCCAAAGCAGUUCAUAUUAAUGGAAGAUAUAAUACUUGGCAUCGUCAAAGGAGUGCUAAAUAUAUUUGGCUUGACAAAAAGCUCUGCUAUAUUAUCACAGAAAAAUUUAGAAUCUAAAACUGCCAUCGAUACAGGAAGAGUGAUAGGAAGAUAUCUUUUCCCAAUAUUUGUUGCAAGAUUUGUCCUGGGCCUUCUGGUUUUCUUUGUGCUAUUGAUAUAUACUUGUCGGAGAAGACAUAUAUCAAUGUAUGAAGAUAUUGAAGUUUUUCUUCAAGGGAGUACUCUGAUUCCAAUUAGGUAUUCUUACAAAGAAAUAAAGAAGAUGACUCGAAAUUUUAGAGACAAGUUGGGUGAAGGAGGCUUUGGAGCCGUUUUUAAAGGAAAGCUACGCAGUGGGCCAUUUGUUGCCAUAAAGAUGUUGGUUAAAUCUAAGGGUAAUGGACAUGAUUUCAUUAGUGAAGUCGCAACCAUAGGAAGAAUACAUCACACCAAUGUGGCUCGACUUAUUGGGUUUUGUGUUGAGGGAUCAAAGCGUGCUCUUGUUUAUGAAUUCAUGUCCAAUGGUUCUCUUGAUAAAUAUAUUUCCUCUAGAGAGGAUACUAUCUCUCUAAGUUAUCAGAAAAUGUACGAGAUAUCUCUUGGAGUGGCUCAUGGUAUUGCUUAUUUACAUCAAGGAUGCGAAAUGCAAAUUUUGCAUUUUGACAUCAAGCCCCAUAACAUCCUUCUCGAUGAGAACUUUAACCCCAAAGUUUCAGACUUUGGUCUUGCACAGCUUUAUCCAAAUGAGAUUAGUAUUGUCACUUUAACCGCAGCAAGGGGGACAAUUGGAUACAUGGCUCCUGAAUUGUUCUACCAAAAUAUUGGAGGAGUAUCGUACAAGGCCGAUGUAUAUAGCUUUGGAAUGCUUUUGAUUGAAAUGGCAAGUAAGAAAAGAAAUUUAAAUCCACAUGCCGAUCGUUCAAGUCAAAUUUUCUUUCCCAUUUGGAUUUAUGAUCAAUUGAUUGAAGAAAAGGAGAUAGAAAUGGAUGAAAUUACAUAUGAGGAAAAUAAUAAUGUGAAGAAGAUGUUCAUAAUAGCAUUAUGGUGUAUACAAUUGAAACCAUGUGAUCGUCCCUCAAUGAAUAAAGUGAUAGAGAUGCUUGAAGGAGAUAUUGAGAAUGUUGAAAUGCCUCCAAAGCCUUUACUGUAUCCAAAUGAAAUGAUUCAUGGAGAUAUUGAAGUCAACUCUCAUGAAACUGAUGCUGGCUCUCCUAGUUUUAUUGAUGAAGAUACAACAGAGCCUCUACUAAUGAAUUCUUCUUGACUUCUUUUGUUUCCACGGUAUAUUUCUAUCAUAUAUGGAAGAACAUAUGUCUAUUAAUUGUACUAUUUCAGUUUACCAUAUGAAAUUCUGCAACGAGCCAUAUGGAAAGAAAUAUAAGACGAGUUGUUAAAGA